AUGGAAGAAGAAAAUAUAAUUCUAGAUGACAAAAAGAUAAUGAGUUACGAAGUUAUUAAAAAAAUAUGUAGAGAAAAUAAUUUAUAUGAAACUGAUGAACUGAAUGAUGUUAUGUAUUUACAUAUGAAAGGGUUUCACAAUAUAGAUGGAUUAUCAACAUUUAAAAAUUUAAAAUGUUUAUAUAUUAAUAAUAAUUGUAUAAAAAAAAUAGAAAAUUUAAAUGAGCUAACAAAUUUAAAAGCACUAUAUUUACAAAACAAUGACAUAAGCAUUUUAGAAAAUAUUGAAUGCAGCUCCUUAGUAAUUUUAAAUUUGUCUAAUAAUAAAAUAAAAGAAAUUAAAAAUUUAAAGCAUUUAAAGUUGUUACAAACAUUAAAUAUAUCUAAUAAUUUAAUUGAAAAUAUAAAAGAUAUAGAAGAAGUUGCUAAACUUGAAAGUCUAUCUCAUUUAGACAUUUCCAAUAAUAAUUUAAAUUUCAAUAAUAAAUGUGAAGCAUCAAGCAUAAAAGAUUAUGAAAAUUUCAUUGAUAGUUCUAAUGAAGAAAAAAUAAAUUUAAACGAAAUAAAAAAAGAAUUUACGAUGAAACCUAUAGAUAAUGAAAGUAUGAAAUGCAAUGAUUUUUUAUGUUUUUAUAAAAUUUUUGAUGAAGAACUAAGUUUAAAUGAAAAUUCAGAAUUAAUAAAGUAUCAUCAAAAAAUAGAAGAAAUGGAUUCAUUAACCAAAAAAAACUUUCUCUUUUUAUGCGAAUUUAUUAUAUUAAUGAAAAAAAUAAAAAAAUUGAAAACUUUGUUUAUAAAAAACAACCCAUUCACAAAUGAAAUUAAACAUGUUUCAAAAUACUUGAUUGCAAAUAUCCCACGUUUAGUGUUUCUUGAUGACAAAAAAAUUAAAAAAGAAGAUAUAUAUUUGGCACAAAUAUUUUUAAAAAAAGGUGUAAAAGAAGAAAAUGAACUUAAAAAAAUAUUCGAAAAAAAAAAAAUGGACAAAUAUAAAAAUUUAACGGAAAAAUUUCACUCUUUCUUAUUAAAAAAAAGUGAAAAAGUGUAA